CCUGCUGAACGUGACAUCAACAGUUACACCAGCAAGCAAACCAUAUUUGUCCGUCGGUUUGAACCUGACACAACCGAAGCUGAUCUCAAGGCUUACUUCUCCAACUUUGGCAAAGUCCAGGAGGCUACGGUAAUAACUGAUAGGGUUACGGGUGCGUCUCGAUGCUUUGGGUUCGUCACCUUCACUGACACAAAGACUAUAGAGGGUGGAGUUCUUGAAGCCUGCCAUUUCUUCCGUGGCCGUCGCAUCAUCGUCCAGCCAGCCAUUCCGCGUGGUUGCGUCCCCAGGGAUAGACCGCAAGUCCAGCGUUAUUUAACAUCCUCUAUUUUUGAACAAAUAAGUGUUACCCUGAUUGAGCCGGUUUCCUCCGGACCUGGAUGA